AUGGAGGACGCUCUGCUCGGCGCCAUGACGGGCCCCGAAGACGAGCUGGGCGCCGAGCUGUUCGGACCGGAGCGUGCGUUUCCAGACGGGCUGGCGCUGAGCCCCGUGGCGGGUGCGGCCGAGCGGGAUGAGUUGCCCGUGCUGGCCGACGCCUACCUGGGCGCCACCGAGCCGGGGGAGCCUCUGCUGCGCGCGCUCAGCCCCCCGCCGGGGGCAGAGGUACCGGCCGCCCUGCUCGGCGACUUCCCGGGCCUGCCCGAGCUCCGCAGCCCGGACGACGCCGCGACGCCGCCCGCCUACAGCGUGCACGUGCUGUCGUCGUUGCUCCCCGGGGCUCGCGGGCCGGCGCUGCUGCCGCUGAGCGCGGGAGUGCGCGUGAUCCCAGUUGAAAUCAAAGAAGCGGGUGGCAGUGUGCUGGGCAGCAGCCCUGAAGACGCAGGUUUCCAAGCUCCUCUGGCGCAGGAAUCCUGCUGCAAGUUCUCAUCAUCCCAGGAGGCAGAGGAGGCCUCCAGCUGCCCCCGGAAGAAAGACUCCAGCCCUAUGGUGAUCUGUCAGCUGAAAGGAGGUGCCCAGAUGCUCUGCAUAGACAACUGUGGUGCCAGGGAGCUCAAAGCGCUCCACCUGCUUCCUCAGUAUGACGACCAGAGCAGUUUCCCACAGUCAGAGCUCUCUAAGCCAAUGACAACGCUGGUGGGAAGAUUUCUGCCGGUGCCCGCCAAGCUAAACCUCAUCACACAGGUUGAUAAUGGAGCUCUCCCUUCAGCUGUCAAUGGGACUGCCUUCCCCUCUGGACCCGCUCUGCAAGGGCCACCCAAAAUAGCUCUGGCUGGGUACUGUGACUGCUUCUCCAGUGGGGACUUCUGCAACAGCUGCAGCUGCAACAACCUGCGCCACGAGCUUGAGCGCUUCAAAGCCAUUAAGGCAUGUCUUGACAGAAAUCCUGAAGCUUUCCAACCAAAAAUGGGGAAAGGCCGGCUGGGAGCUGCUAAGCUGCGACACAGCAAAGGGUGCAAUUGUAAGCGCUCGGGCUGCCUGAAGAACUACUGUGAGUGCUAUGAGGCAAAAAUCAUGUGUUCUUCAAUUUGCAAAUGCAUUGCUUGCAAAAACUAUGAAGAAAGCCCAGAGAGAAAAAUGCUGAUGAGUACACCCUACUACAUGGAGGCUGGGGACUUUGAGGGCAAUCACCAUCUGUCCCCAGCCAAGUUCUCAGGACCUCCAAAACUGAAAAAAAAUAGGCAGGCCUUCUCCUGUAUCUCCUGGGAGGUAGUAGAGGCCACAUGUGCCUGCCUGCUGGCCCAGGGAGAGGAGGCAGAGCAGGAGCGCUGCUCCCCAAGCUUGGCCGAGCAGAUGGUCCUGGAGGAGUUUGGAAGGUGCCUGUCACAGAUUCUGCACAUCGAGUUCAAGUCCAAGGGGCUAAAAAUUGAGUAG